CCGAUGAAAACUCUUAAGAUGUCCGUCGUCCCGAAACUGAUCACUAAAGAUUUCCUGCAAGCUGCCUUGUGCGCGUAUCGAAAGGAAGAUGUACGGGUUCUAGAUUUUUCCCUCAGCGAUGGCAUUAGCGGGGCAAAAUAUUUUUGCAGCAAUAUGUCGAGCAUCGCGAUUACGUACUGCACAUCUCGCAGCGAACGAGAAUGUAAGAUGAAGGUGAUUGCGAAAUGUUUGCCCGACGACGAGAAGAUGUUGCAAUUACUAACGAAUGCUAAUGCGUUUCCAUGCGAGAUGUCCGUAUAUAGCCGCAUUCUUCCAGCUAUGUACGACCUAGAUUUUCGAGAGAAGGUCGCACCAGUCGCCAUCCGCGUCGAGUCCAAGGAAACUCCCAUUUUGCUUUUGGAAGAUGUAACAGCUUUGGGUUAUAGAAUGGCGAAAUGCGAGGGGGGCUUCGAUUUGGAACACUCCUUGCUUGUAAUAGAAAAGUUGGCUUACUUUCAUGCGGCAUCCGUGGCAGUUAAUGAAGGGGAGCCUGGCAUACUUCAAUCAUACACUGGAAUGUACGCAGAUGAAAGUACUUUCGAUAUGAGCCUCAAGGCUUGUAAACCAUCACUAGUAGAGGUGUGUCAAAAAACCCCAGAAUUGGUCAAGUACGUCAAUAAAGUAUCGAAUUGUGCGAUGUUAACAUAUUCCGCAGUGGUGAAACCGUCGAAACACCUUAACGUUUUAAAUCAUGGCGACGCGUGGACUAAUAACAUGAUGUUCCGUUAUGAUACCCAAGGGAAAUUGGCAGAUGUGAUCAUGGUAGACUAUCAGUAUGCCGGAUACGGCAGUCCCGCUGUAGAUCUGAGCUAUUUUUGGAUAACUAGUACCAGCCUUGAGGUGAAACGUAAAGGUUACGAAUUCAUUUUGGCCCACUACCACAAGGAGCUCAGCAAAAAAAUGUCAAAGCUACGCCUGCGCACUGAUACGCCAACUUUAGAAGACAUUAAAGACGAUUUCGUUUCCCAUGCAGCUUAUGGUUUUAUGACAUUGUUGUUCAUACUGCCACUGUUAGCCGAAAAGAAGGGACCAAAUGAGACGUUUGUUGAAUAUCUCACCGAUGACCAAAAGGAUGGUUAUCGAUAUCGGUGUUUUAACAGUGCAAAACAUGUCGAGACGCUGAAGGUUCUUCUCCCCGUUUUCGACGAAAUAGGACUAUUCGACUGAAGUGACGAUAAAAUGUUCUUGCAUAAGCACCCUAUUGUAUUGAUAGUAUUCUUUUAGAAAUACAGAGUUUAACCAAC